AUGGUUAACAUAUCAGAGAUUAAAGAAACCAAAACGUAUAAGGUUUUGGGGUCCGUGGUAUCAUUUCUUAUUUCACAGUGGUUUUUUUUGUUUUUAGGGGCAUUUAUUGCGAUAGCACAUUCCUAUCCCGAGUUUGCUAAACAAGGUGGGACAAUAAGAGCAGAAUAUUCGAUUCAAUAUGGUGCAGUAGCAGUGAUUUUCUUGAUUAGUGGGUUGUCGAUGUCGACGAAGCUGCUUCAGGUCAAUUUAUUUAAUUGGAGAGCACAUUUCACUGUUUUAUCUACUUCAUUUUUGAUCACAAGUUCUAUUAUAUACGGAAUAGUGUGUGGGAUAAAAGCUGCUAAUGACCCUUCUAUGGACGAGUGGUUAUUGGCAGGGAUGAUUGUUACACAUGCAUGUCCAACUACGGUAUCAUCCAAUGUGGUUAUGACCAAACAGGCACAUGGAAACGAUGUGUUGACAUUAUUGGAAGUAUCUGUGGGAAAUGUAUUAGGGGCCUUCAUAACUCCGGCCUUGGCCCAGAUGUACUUGGUGGGUACUUGGGAAUUUGCAAAUCCAACUCAUCAAUCUACUGGAGACACUACAAUUAAAGAGUUAUAUAAAGAGACCAUGAAACAAUUGGGAUUAUCAUUAUUCGUACCAUUAUUUGUGGGGCAAGUAAUUCAGAAUAUUUUCCCAAAGCAAACGAAAUGGGCUUUAACCACAUUCAAAUUGGCCAAGGUUGGAUCUUUCAUGUUGUUAUUAAUUAUGUUUCAGUCAUUUUCAACUGCAUUUGCUCAGCAUGCUUUUACAUCUGUCAGUCAUCAAUCGAUUAUUUUCCUUGUAUUUUUCAAUAUUGGAAUUUAUCUUUUCUUCACCGUCUUGACUUAUUUCUAUUCUAGACCAUUGUUUAUUUUGAGAUAUUUCGAUGAGGAACCUAACGAAUCGCAUUCCAAGUUCUACAAAUACGGUUACAAGAUACUUCGACCUUUCUACUAUAACAGACGGGACACAGUGGCCAUAAUGUUAUGUGGACCUGCGAAAACAGCUGCUCUAGGAGUAUCUAUUAUUUCGUCACAAUACGGUUCAAAGAAUGAAAACUUAGGAAAAUUGUUAGUUCCUUUGGUAUUAUACCAGGCUGAACAAGUCAUUACGGCACAGGUUUUAGUUAAUUUCAUGAGAAAAUGGAUCUAUGCUGGAGACAAAAAGCCCAAUGAUAUUGAAAGUGAUGAUCAAGGCGAUAAAAAUUUACCUAAUGAGAGCGAGCAGUCCAACUCAGUGGACAACAAUAAUGAGUCAACAAGUCAAAUUACUAGACAUAAUUCUAGCAUCACAAAUUCGGGCGAUAUUAAUAAGCUAUCUUCAUAG